AUGGCUCCAUCUAUAUAUGGGCAUAAAGACAUUAAAACGGCUUUAGCAUGUUCGUUAUUUGGAGGUGUUCCAAAGGACGUAAAUGGGAAGCAUUCUAUUAGAGGUGAUAUAAACGUCUUAUUACUAGGUGAUCCUGGUACUGCCAAAUCGCAAAUCUUGAAAUAUGCAGAAAAAACUGCAAAUAGAGCUGUGUUUGCAACUGGUCAAGGUGCAUCUGCGGUUGGUUUGACUGCAUCGGUUCGUAAGGAUCCAAUUACCAGAGAAUGGACUUUGGAAGGUGGUGCUUUGGUUCUUGCAGAUAAAGGUACUUGUCUUAUUGAUGAAUUUGAUAAGAUGAACGAUCAAGACAGAACAUCUAUUCACGAAGCUAUGGAACAGCAAUCUAUUUCUAUAUCUAAGGCAGGUAUUGUCACUACAUUACAAGCCAGAUGUGCAAUUAUUGCUGCCGCCAAUCCAAACGGUGGUAGAUACAAUUCUACUUUGCCUCUUUCACAAAACGUGGAUUUAACGGAACCUAUCUUAUCGAGAUUUGAUAUAUUAUGUGUCGUACGAGAUUUAGUCAACCCUGAACUGGAUGAGAGGUUAGCAAAUUUCGUUGUUGAUUCGCAUAUGAGAUCUCAUCCAUCACAAACAGAAGACCUAGAAGAUGAUGAAGAUGAUUUAAACAAUGCUGAUGAUGACGAAGCUAUGGAUGACGACCAACCAGAAAACACACCCACGCGAUCAAAUAAUAAAAAACAAACCAGAAAACAAAAGAUCAAUCAAUUGAACAAAGAAAGAGAAAGCGAAAUCUCCCCUAUUUCCCAGGACCUUUUAGUAAAGUACUUGAACUACGCUCGUAUCAAGAUCCAUCCUAAAUUGCAUCAAAUGGACAUGGAUAAAGUAUCCAGAGUCUAUGCAGAUUUAAGAAGAGAGUCUAUUUCAACUGGUUCAUUUCCAAUCACUGUUCGUCACUUGGAAAGUAUAUUACGUAUUGCUGAAUCUUUUGCUAAGAUGAGGUUGUCUGAUUUCGUGAGUCAAAGUGACUUAAACAGGGCAAUUAAAGUCAGUAUCGAUAGUUUUGUUGGAACUCAAAAGAUUACCGUUCGUAGACAAUUACAGAAAUCGUUUAUGAAGUAUACCUUACCAACCAGAAGAAGUUAA